GGCCCGUAAUAGUAGCCUCGAUCCACUAAGCUUAAGCUAUGUUUAGGAGGAACUCCCGAGACGCGUGAGAAAAAGCAAAUACACCUGUUUUUUGCUUUUUCUGGUCACCUGACGAGCACUGCUUGCUGCGACUUCACUUGAUGCUAUUCAGAGUACUCGAGUCAAUUGAGAGCUGUCUAUACUCUAUAGAAUAUCGUCUGAAUCAGACUAUUCUAUAGCUGACCCGUGAACCCCCUUGUCCCACCGUUGCUCCUCUCGUCGCCGGUCGGGCUAAAAUACGCACACACCACCAAAUAACAACAUGGCCGGAUCCGCGCCGGCCUCGCUCUGGACUCGCAAACUCGACCUGCUGUACUUUGUUUUUUUCGUCAUUCACCUCCCGAUAAUCUUCCUAAUCGACGCGGCUCCUCUCCUACCGCCGUUCCUCCAGUUUGAUGCCUCGCGACAACUUCGCGAAUUCUACGUAAAUACGUACAAUGACAAGUUCUUCGAGCAGCCGGCGCCCGUGUGGUUCGUCGUAUUUAUCACUAUGGAGGUCUGGUAUCAUGCUCCGUUGAGUAUUUGGGCCAUUGGUGCUUUGUUGCGAGAUGACCCCAUGGUCCCCGUUCACCUGCUAGUUUUUGGCGUCCAGUCGUUCGUCACCUCGUUGCCGUGUCUGGCCGAGGUUUGGAGCUGGACGGAUCGGACGGUGGUCGAAAAGCAGAAUCUCACCAUGUUGUAUAGUCCGUAUGUUGCGUUGGGUGCAUUCAUGGCGCUGGAUAUGACCUUCCGGCUGCGUGCCCGUCUCACUCAGAAGAGCAAGAGCGAGUAGUUGCCAUACUGCAGAGAUAUCAAGGCCAUCCGACAAACAGAUGUAAAUCCGAAAACCGCCACAAGGCGAGGAGUGAAAAGGUCACGUCAAGCAAUAUCUGGAAUCACGGCCGUACGGUGCAGGCAUAAAUACCAUGUAUGCAGCAUGUACAUACGUAGCUGCAAAAGAUUGAUAAUGGGAGAUAGAUAUGACAAAUCGUCUUCAAUUCCCUUGCGCAUUCCCGCUGGCCACCUGUCCUAUGUAGAUAUGCAUUGUAGAUAACCCAUUGCAUAUAUAUUG